AUGGAAACUGAUUAUCAGCAUGCUAACAUCACCAUCGGUUUUUACUAUGGUGAUCAUGGAGAUGGAGAUCCAUUUGAUAAUACUACGGUGAUUGCACAUGCAACCGGUCCGGUAAGAGGCGCACAUAUACAUUUCAACGCGGCAUUUAUUUUUGCAGUUGAUUUCAGUUCAGAGAAAUCAGAUAUGGCUUACGAUUUGGAAUCCAUCGCGCUACAUGAAAUUGGUCAUGUCUUAGGCCUGGGUCAUUCAUCUUUUCCAGAAGCUGUCAUGUGGCCUACUGAAUCCCCUAGAACCAUAAAUGUGAAGUUAACAUUGGACGAUGUCUAUGGUGCUCAACUUCUCUACGGCUCAAACCCAGAUUUUAACCUUGAUUCUGUAACGAGUCCUGCAAGUAAGUCUUCUGGCUUAGGAGAAAUUAUAACCAUUUCUGUUUCGCUAGUAGUUACAACACUGUUUUCUUGUCUCUGA